GUUUCCUUCCGUCGUAUAUUUUGAUUUCUUCUACGUGUUGAUAUGAGUGUAUACACUUCAACAGUCACGAUCAGAUUGUGCUCGAAAUACUUACUCAACUAGCCAAUAUCAUGCCUGUCAAGACGCAAGCCGAUGCUAAGGAAGACAGCCAGCGAAAGCGGAGAGUCCACAAAAAGUCAAGGAAGGGUUGUCGAAACUGUAAGCUCCGGAGAGUCAAGUGUGAUGAGACAAGACCGCAUUGCUUGAAGUGUAAAGACUAUGGAUAUGCAUGUAAUUAUGACUCCAAAAUACCAGAUCUGGAAUUGAUCUAUUCCGAAACUCCUACGACCGUGGAAUCGCAGAUUGAGCUUGGUCAAUCAUCAUGGUCCAUCAAUCCUACAUCAUCUCCACAGAUAGCCAGCAUCCCUACUACGUUGGAACCAUUAUGCGUCGUUGGCGAUGACAUCUCAUCAUUUGAGCUGGAUAGACAGAGCCUCCGUCAACUAGAUCGCUUUCAAUACGCAACUGUCCUUACCCUUGGAAUACCGACUACUACAGGAGUAUUCCGUGAAUUUGGUAUCUUUAUGGCGUGUAAUCAUCCCUUCCUAAUGCACACUCUCCAAACCCUCACUGCAUGCCACGACCGAUAUCUUACCCCCCAUCAAGCGACAUCAUCGCGGCGCACAUUAACGGAAGCCUAUCACUUAUCCCGUGCCGCUUCUCUCUUUAACCAAAAGCUCUGUGCGCCAAUUGCAAAUGACGAUAAAGAUGCUUUAUGGGCCACAGCAGCGCUUUUCGGGAUUUUAUCCAUGUCAUCAAUCGAAGCUUCCUCUCCCUCCGAGGCAUGGCCUCUCGCCGCACCUGCGGAUACCGAUCUCGAGUGGGUGCGUAUGAGCGAAUCGAAGACUGCCAUUUUCGAGCUCACAAACCCCAUGCGCAAAGAUAGCAUUUUCCGUGUUUCAUCCACGGAUUACAAGAAUUCACUCUACAAACGCAACAGAAAUGUUGAUCUCUCGUCCCUUCCGACCCGCUUCGUCGAACUCUUCGAUUUAAACGAGUAUUCCACCGUUAAUAAUAAUCCCUAUUAUCUGACCCUCACAUCUGUUCAGCAUAUUCUCAGCAUCGAAUGCGAUCAACCAGCCAUGUUAUCUUUCCUCAGUUUCUUGACCACUAUGUCUCCCCAAUACAAAUUUCUUCUGAAAAUGAAAGAUCCAAAAGCCUUGCUUCUACUUUCAUAUUGGUAUGCGAAAGUUUGGAGCAUGGCGUGGUGGGUAGAACGCAGAGCGAUUUUGGAGUGUCAGGCUAUUUGUAUCUAUUUGGAUAGAUACCAUGGCGAGGAUUUGUUGAUUCAGGAAUUGUUGUUGUUUCCAAAGCGAGAAUGUGGUCUACUUAGUUAGUGGAAGUUAUUAAUGAGACUGAUAGUAAUAAAGGCGAGGAAAGGAGAUCGAGGCUAGGGUAUCCAAUAGUCCGGACUAUAGUCCAACAAUAUAAGAUUUUGAAUAUCCAAAAGUGAUUAGAAAUCUGAAAAUAGUUCA